AUGGCGAUGAUGAUGGCUGGCCGUGUGCUGCUGGUGUGUGCCCUCUGCGUGCUGUGGUGCGGUGCUGCCGAUGGUGAUGUUGUUGGUCCCGUAACUUCCGGCGAUCCUGGUGGUGGGCAAUCUCCUCUCGCAGAUGGGAGUCAUGGUGGCAGUGGAGGUAAAAAGGCUGAUAUUUCUCAUGAAAGUAAAAGUGAACCUUUGGUUGCUGCGUCCGGGGAAGAAUCACCAACUGUUCGUAUUGAUCCGGAUGGUGUUUCAAGUCUCUCUGAGGAACAUUUACGCCCGGAAAAAAGAACCUCCAACGGAAAACAGGAAGAGUCACAAUCACCGCCUCAAGAUGCAUCGCCGACUAAAGUGAAUCCAGCAGAAGCACUUGAUUUCCUUCCGCAAGAACGGUUGCUCGGCACACCAGAAAAAGAGGUUAUCACUAAUGGUGGUGGCGGUGGAACUGCGAACGGGGGAAAAGAGGAUACCGACCAGAAUGCCGGGUUAUCCCCUGACAGCAGCGACUCCUCAGUCCCCCCAGUACCACAAGUCAAUCACGUAUUACCACCAGCAGAGCCAUCACCAGCGAUGACCGUUUCAGCAGAAGAAACAAACUCACCAGCACUAACAGGCUCGCAGCAUGCAACUGAGAGAACAAGCACGACCUCACCGUCACACAGUAAAACGGCGCCUGGAGCACCGGAAAAAUCAUCAGGGAAUGGUGAGCCAAACCAACACAGAGAAGACUCAGAAACACCAGGUUCGAUGAAAGAUGGACCUACAAGUCAUCCAGCAGAAACACCAGCACCAUUGGUAUCUACAAGUGGCAGUGAUGGAGCCCAGAAAAAGGAGGACAAGGUUGAUAACAGUGAUCAACGGCCUAACAACAAAGAACCACAAUACGGGCACGAAGAUGGAAAUACCGAGGAUGCUCCCACAGCAAAUGAAACUGCACCACAAACAGCAAAAACGAUCACCACUCAAAAGAAUGUUACAUCUAAGCCUGGCGACAGUGACGGCAGCACCGCGGUCUCCCACAUCACCUCCCCUCUUUCGCUUCUUUUUGUUGUUGCGUGUGCGGCUGCUGCGGUGAUGGCUGUGCCUGCAUGGAGUGUUGUGCGCUGA